UUGUGUGCGGUAAUUUUCAUUUAGGGAAAGCAAACGGUUAAUUUAAAUGUUAAGACAUGUUUAUGGUAUGUUUACAUCAACUCUACACUUCAAUGUCCGUGUCCGCUUUAUAGAACACUAAAUAUAAAUGUUAUCAGUAGAUAGUACACGAGAGUAGAAAUGAAGUAUUCAACAAGCCUAAAACCACAUUGAAAAGUGGUUAGACCUUAUCAAAUGUUGGCAGACUCUCUUUGAUAUUGUUGUGGACAUACAUACAUGAUUGACACAGUUUUUACGAAACUUACUUAACUGGGCUAAGUCUGCGUUUUAAUGCUUGCAGGAUAUGUAUGUAGUUGUAUGUAAUUAAUAAAUCUUAGAGGAUUAUAACUUUCACUGUGAGAUGUCAGCACAGGUGAGCAGGGAUGUGCCGGAUAUUGAGAAUAUCCUGGCGUUGAACCCACGAGUGCCGAAGAACGCCAGCCUCGUGUCAAGCGCGCAAACUAAGCAGAACAAGAAGCACUGGAAGAGAAACGCAUCAAAAGGAUGUUCGUCCUGCCCGCCCCUGCAGAACAACUUUGAUGACAUCAAGCACACGACGCUCAGCGAGCGGGCCGCCCUCCGCGAGGCAGCCAGAUGUCUGAAGUGCGCGGACGCCCCGUGCCAGAAGAGCUGCCCCACCCAACUGGACAUCAAGGCUUUUAUCACAAACAUCUCAAACAAGAACUACUAUGGUUCCGCAAAGGCGAUAUUCUCUGAUAACCCACUGGGUCUGACAUGUGGGAUGGUGUGCCCGACCAGCGACUUGUGUGUGGGCGGCUGUAACCUGUACGCGUCCGAGGAAGGGCCCAUCAACAUCGGCGGCCUCCAACAGUUCGCUACAGAGAUAUUCAAGGAGAUGAGAAUACCUCAGAUCCGGGACCCGAGCCUGCCUCCCACGGAAGAGCUUCCAUCCAGCUACCGGAACAAGGUGGCGCUGCUCGGAUGCGGCCCGGCGUCCAUCAGCUGCGCCACGUUCCUUGCCCGCCUCGGCUACUCUGACCUCACUGUAUUUGAACGGGAAACUUACAUUGGUGGCCUUAGCUCGUCUGAGAUUCCGCAGUACAGAUUGCCAUACAGUGUGGUGGACUUUGAGGUUCAGCUUAUGAAGGACCUUGGGGUCAAGGUGGAGACGGGCCGCGCGCUGAGUACGAAGGAUCUGACGCUGAACAAGCUCCGGGACGACGGCUACAAGGCCGUCUUUAUCGGCAUCGGCCACCCUAACCCGAAUAUUAUCCCGAUCUUCGAGAAUCUCACGGAAGAAAUGGGCUUCUACACGUCCAAGAAUUUCCUGCCGCGCGUCUCUAAGGCCAGCAAGGCCGGCAUGUGCGCCUGCAAGUCACAGCUUCCGGCCCUCUCAGGCCGCGUCGUCGUCCUAGGUGCUGGCGACACCGCCUUCGACUGUGCUACUUCCGCUCUGCGUUGUGGCGCCCGCCGUGUUUUUGUCGUCUUCCGGAAGGGCUUCACAAACAUCCGGGCCGUGCCUGAGGAGAUGGACCUGGCCAAGGAUGAGAAAUGCGAGUUCCUGCCCUUCCUGGCACCCCGCAAGGUGCUCAUGAGCAACGGGCGGAUAUCGGGUCUGGAGUGCGCACGCAGCGAGCAAACGGACGACGGCGAGUGGGUGGAGGAUGACGAGCAGAUGAUCCGCAUCAAGGUGGACUAUAUUAUUUCCGCCUUCGGCUCGGGGCUCACCGACCAAGAUCUAAAAGAUGCGAUGUCGCCGGUAAAGCUGACGCGAUGGGGGACACCGGAAGUGGAUACAGAGACGAUGGGGACCAGUGAGCCGUGGGUCUUCUGCGGGGGCGACAUUGCGGGCGUCGCCCAGACAACCGUGGAGAGCGUCAACGACGGCAAACAGGCUUCCUGGCACUUGCACAAAUACCUACAGUCUCUGGACAACCAGUCCGUGUCUGCGACACCCUCGCUGCCUCGGUUCUUCACGCCUAUCGACACGGUGGAUGUGAGCGUAGACCUAUGCGGCCUGCGGUUUCCCAACCCCUUCGGUCUCGCGUCUGCCCCGCCCACAACCAGCAGCGCCAUGAUCCGCCGCGGUUUUGAGCAGGGAUGGGGCUUCGCGCUCACCAAGACAUUUGCACUUGAUAAGGACCUGGUGACAAACGUGUCUCCGCGGAUUGUGCGGGGAACCACUUCCGGUAACAUGUACGGGCCAGGCCAGGGUGCCUUCCUCAAUAUCGAGCUCAUCAGCGAGAAGACCGCCGAGUACUGGUGCCAGAGCAUCACCGAACUCAAGCGGGACUUCCCUGAAAAGAUCCUGAUCGCCAGCAUCAUGUGCAGCUUCAGCAAGGAGGACUGGACCGACCUUGCCAUCAUGGCUGAGAAAGCGGGUGCGGACGCUCUAGAGCUGAAUCUGUCGUGUCCCCACGGGAUGGGUGAGCGGGGAAUGGGGCUGGCAUGUGGCCAGGACCCGGAGCUCGUCCGCAACAUAUGCCGCUGGGUCCGCGCCGCCGUCAAGAUCCCCUUCUUCGCCAAGCUGACUCCCAACGUUACCAAUAUAAUCACCAUCGCCAAGGCCGCGCAGGAGGGUAAAGCUGAUGGGGUGACGGCCACCAACACCGUGUCUGGUCUUAUGGGUCUCAAGGGUCAGGGCGAAGCUUGGCCAAACGUCGGAAAGAGUAAGCGAACAACAUAUGGAGGCGUCUCCGGAAAUGCUAUCCGGCCCAUCGCUUUGCGUGCCGUUUCGGCCAUCGCAAACGCACUUCCAGGAUUCCCCAUCCUGGCUACGGGCGGUAUUGACUCGGCGGAAGCAGGCAUGCAAUUCCUUUAUGCAGGAGCAUCUGUACUGCAGGUAUGUAGCGCUGUCCAGAACCAGGAUUUCACGUUGAUCGACGAUUAUGUGACGGGCCUAAAGGCACUGCUCUACAUCCGGGCUGUCGAGGGCCUCGCGGACUGGGACGGACAAAGCCCGCCCACUCCCAAACACCAGCAGGGGAAACCUGUCCCCCGGCUACAGGAAAUUGUCGGCAAGGGCUUGCCGUCGUUCGGACCUUACCAAGAAAAGCGGACGGCAAUUGUGGAUGCCCACUAUCGGAAGGCGGACCUGCUGGCCGAGGAGAACAAGCCAGCCGCCAUCCGUCCGCCCCUUCAGCCGGGAAAACAAGUACCCUCCGUCAAGGACGUGAUAGGACGAGCGCUGGAUAUGAUCGGCUCCUAUGGCGACUUGAACAACCGGGAGCAGGUGGUCGCCCUCAUUGACGAGGACAUGUGUAUCAACUGUGGCAAGUGUUACAUGACGUGUAACGACUCCGGCUACCAGGCCAUCGUGUUUGACCCGGAAACUCAUUUGCCUAAGGUCAACGCGGACUGCACAGGUUGCACGCUGUGUCUGUCCGUCUGUCCAAUUAUCGAUUGUAUAAAGAUGGUUACCAGGACGACGCCGUACGUUCCAAAGCGGGGACUUCCGCUCCGAAAGCCGUCCGAGGCAAACAUCAUCCUCACUACGAAUUGAGGCGACACCGGGAACCGAGCCCGCCGCACACUGAUGGACGGCGCUGGUGAACGGCACGCGGAUAUGUUCCCCGUUAAUGUUCAAGACUUGCCCAAAUAUGUUGCUGUGAAUCAAUGUUGAUAGUCGUUCUAGUAUUUAGUUUAUUCGUUAAAUGUAUGUUGAAAAAUGAAUUACCCUGUCCAUUCUAUCUAAUCAUGUAUAUUUAUAUUGUUGCUGUAUUUUGAAGUAUGUAUUUAGCAUGCGAUUAGAUUUCAAUAACAUACAUAUUUUGCCAUCACUUAUGCGCCAUAUAUUUCUUUAGUGGGUUCUAGGUGUGUGUUUUAAGUGACUGGUUACGUAGUAGAAUUGCAACUGCAUUUAGUCAGAAUUGUCUAAAUAAAUUGUAAUAUAUUGUAUACAAGUACACAAUACAAUCGCAUAAACUAUU